AUGCAUGCGAAAGCGGCACAAUCGUCUUUUAGGGAUCGGACGCAGGAGUUUCAGAGUGUAGCAGAGAGGCUGAAAAAGUCGUUCUCAUCAGGACCAGGGUCGGGGCAGAAUGGGCCAAGUAGUGGAUCGAAAUCGAAAUUCGAGGAACAACGUUCCGUGGUUGCGGUUCAGUCCGAGUUCAAUAAGAGGGCUUCCAAAAUCGGGUACGGGAUACACCAGACAUCGCAGAAGCUUGGAAAGCUGACUAAGUUGGCAAAGAGGACUUCCGUGUUUGAUGACCCUACCAGGGAAAUUCAGGAGCUGACGGCAGUUAUCAAGCAGGAUAUUACUGCACUUAACUCUGCAGUGGUAGACCUUCAGCUUCUAUCCAACUCCAGAAAUGACAGUGGGAAUAUUUCUAGUGACACGACUAGUCAUUCAACCACAGUUGUUGAUGACUUGAAAAAUCGGCUUAUGAGCACUACAAAAGAGUUUAAAGAAGUCCUCACCAUGCGGACUGAGAAUAUGAAGGUUCAUGAGAAUAGAAGACAAUUGUUUUCUGCUUCUGCAUCUAAGGAUGCUGCAAAUCCUUUUGUUCGUCAGCGUCCACUGGCUGCCAGGUCAGCUGCUAGUUCUUCAAGUGCCUCUCCUCCUCCAUGGGCUAAUGGAUCACCAUCUUCAUCACAGUUGUUCCCCAAGAAGCAGACGGAUGGGGAGAGUCAGCCAUUGCUCCAGCAGCAACAGCAUCAGCAACAGCAACAGCAACAACAGGAGAUGGUUCCGUUGCAAGAUAGUUACAUGCAGAGCAGAGCUGAAGCUUUGCAAAAUGUUGAGUCCACUAUUCAUGAGCUAAGCACUAUUUUCAACCAGCUGGCGACCUUGGUGUCUCAGCAAGGGGAGAUUGCCAUCAGGAUUGAUGAGAACAUGGAUGACACGUUGGCGAACGUGGAGGGCGCACAAGGGGCACUGCUCAAGUAUCUGAAUAGCAUAUCAUCUAAUAGUCAUUGCAAAGACAUUAAAAAGAAGGAAGAAAAUGACAAUGCUUUUUAG